AUGAAGGUCAUCCACCUUGUGCAAUUUGCGGCCUUGGUCCGCGCGGCGCGGCGCCGAGGCCUGUCCGGCCAGACGCCGUUCGCUGCCGACUACUGCGAACACUAUGCGAUGGCCGACUUGGGCGCCAUUGUCCGAAACCAUACACCGCUGCUAGCCCCGAUCGAGCGUCUGUACAUGGAUAUUCACCAGCGCGCCGAGCUGGAUGCGCUCCCCGUCCGCGAGCAGACAGGCGUACCGUAUGCGAGCACGCAGCACAUGGUCGACUGGUGGGGGCACGAGCAGCCGGUCAUGCACGCCUGCGGGCACGACCUGCACAUGGCCUGCCUGGUCGGCGCGGCGGAGCUGUUGCAGAGCGCCCGCGCCAGCUGGUCCGGCACGGCCAUUGUGCUGUUCCAGCCGAACGAGGAGCACACCGGCGGCGCGCAGGCCAUGAUCGACGACGGGCUCUUUGCCAACAGCGGCGAUGCAUAG